GACGCACCUCGCGGCCCAAUCAAACCAUACGAAAUGUUCCGCUCGAUCGUCGUCUCGCUCGCGGUCCUGGCGCUCUUGCAGGCGGCCUUCGCCGUCAUCGACGUCUCCAAGACGAAGAACAUCGAGAUACGAUUCACUGACGAGGAUGUCGUGCCGAAAACAGCGUUGAAAACUCUGGCGCCCGAAACAUAUGCUGAUCGAUACAUCGGAGAUCUUGAGGUUGGAACACGAUUCGCGGAAGAAAUGAUUUUGCGCCGAGUCGUGGUAUUUAGAAAUCCGACGUAUAGUGUUCAAAGAAGCAGUAUGACUCUGUACACCAACGGAAUCGUUCAUUAUCUCCGCGUUGAGAAUAAUGCAGGCAGCUACGCAGUGAUCUGCGAUCAUUCGAACACUCUGGGAUCAAGGAACACCUUUAUCACUCUCCGUGUCUAUCCUCAAUCGAAUUCCACGCUUUCUCUAAUCUUAGCAUCGCAUUAGUAAAACUGCGACAAAAUAUCGUUUCUCAUUUUUUACCGCCACGUACAGGUGCCAACAACUGGCGCAUAUAAAACCAGCUCGUGCGAGAAAAUCGUUCGAUAAUGAUUAUUUCGAUGACAAUUUUCUUAUAAUGCAAAAUUGAUAAGGUCGAAUUAAUUUGACAAAAAAAAAUAGUAAUGUUUGUAAUAAACGUACGCCUUUUCAGCUUCUAUGAAAAAUGACGCUAAGAAAAAUCACGGUUCUAGAUUUCCCCUAAGAAUUUGUCGAUAAGAAAUUUCUGUAUUUAUUGUCACUAAAGUACUAAAAGAAGAACAAACAUCUUCAUAGGUCGACGAGAGUAUCGUCACAAUUCGCAUCAGGAGAAAUUGUUUUUUCUCAACUUUGUACUAGCUUGCAUAUAUUGGUUUCAUCUAAAAUUUUGCUGUCAUGUAAAACGUAAAACGCUUGUAUUCCCAUUCGCUUGUUGCGAAAGUAAAAUAAAGCUAUACUGGUUCAUCGUCGA